CGCAAGAUUUCGUGUUGUUUGGCGUCGUCUUCCCACGUUCACAAGAUCGUGUUGUACUAUGGCAGAUGAGAAAACGCAGAGGUUGACUGUAAGAUGCAUACCCACGGAGGAAAAUAUGAUAAUUUCAUUUCUCCACGGGGAAAGACAAACCAAUCUGCUUCGGUCGCAGUCAGAAAGUCUGGGCAAGUCACUGGGGAGAAUUAUGAAUAAUAUCAAAAAAGCAUCACAGAAAGGUAACAAAAAUAAAAAAAUGAAACGUGACGAUAAAACAGCUACCGGAAGUGACGACAUCGACGUAACGCUGUUUAUUGAUAACAGCAAAGUUUCUGAAGAACUUGAAAACAAGCUCGCGUGGAAAGAUGGCGCUGUCCUGGAAAUCGGCGAUAACAGAUACACUGUUGAAAAGAAUCCACCAACAAUUUUAAAGUUGACUCUUCCGCAAUCCAUAAUGUCUGGAUUCCCUGUAUACCCACGCGUAGAAAUGGAAUUUGGUAACUUAGGCAACAGUGAGUUUAUUUGGUAUAAAGAAGUAAAAAGUGAUCUUCCGAUUGAAGAAUGUGAUGAAGCCGUUGCCAUGGAGACCUCCUCAACUAGGAGUGAUUCUUCUAUUGUAGCUAAAAAGAUUCUGAAAAUAGACAUAACAUCGAGUCGGGUCCCUGAAAACUGGACUGAAAUACACAAAGGAAAGUUCUAUAUGCCAACAAAUUCAGAUAUCAGCCAUAAAUUGAAAUUGAAAUGUGUUCCCAGUGAUGGAACAAGAAGUGGAGAAGCUAAGGAAGUAGUAUCAAAUUCAGAAGUGUCUGCUGGUGUUGGUGUUUGUCCAUUUGAAACAAGACAUAUAUAUACUCAGAAUAAAAUAGGAGAUGAGGGUUUACGAGUGGUUUCAUAUAAUAUUUUAGCUGAUCCUUACACAUCCACAGAGUUUGCCCAGAAUGUACUGUAUCCGUACUGUGCCCCAUAUGCCCUGGACAUUGACUACAGAGAGCAGUUAUUACUGAAAGAACUCACAGGUUAUAAUGGUGAUAUAGUGUGCUUACAGGAGAUGGGUAAGCGGGUGUACAGUACUGCAUUUCUACCUGCAUUUCAACUCCUUGGCAUGGAAGGUAGAUACACUGGGAAAGCUGGAGAUAUCCGUGAAGGGGAGGCACUAUUCUAUAGAAAAGAUAAAUUCAGGAUGAUUGCUGAAUAUGAUGUUAAACUUAAUGAUGUGGUACAGAAUGAUCCACGCCAUAGGAAACUUUUUGACAAAAUAUCUGAGAAUAAAGCAUUAGUGGAUAAAGUGCUGACAAGAUCAGCUAUAGUGCAGGUCACUAUUUUAGAAACGUUGAGUGAACCAAAGAAAAAACUCUGUGUUGCAAACACUCACCUCUACUUUCACCCACGGGCAGCCCAUAUUAGAUUGAAUGGCCAGGAUGAUUUACCCAUCAUGCUUUGUGGUGAUUUCAAUAGUGAUGCUAAACAUGGUGUACAUAAAUAUGUGACGACAAAAUCUAUACCUGCUAAUUAUGCAGAUUGGUUUUCAGCUGGUAAAGAUGAAUACUGUGCAGAUAUCACUUUAAAUCAUGACCUUGAGUUUAAAAGUGCAUGUGGACUUCUGGAAUAUACAAACUAUGUUGCCGGAUUCAAAGCUGCAAUAGACCAUAUCUUUGUGGAUGGAAACUUUGAUGUAUCACAAGUUAUACCAAUGCCAACUGAAGAAGAAUUAUCGUUACAUACUGCUCUACCUAGUGUAGUUUUUCCAUCAGAUCAUAUCGCUCUUAUAUGUGACCUAGAAUGGAGUAAGAAGUAG